AUGGAGAGCGUUGACGAAGGGACGGCGUCGUCUUUUGAUAUUGUCCCUUUCACACAAAUGAACCAGCGAUCUGUCUCCGGUUGUGAGUUCUGGUUUGAUGCGAGCAGGCACCAACUCAACAACAAUCCAGACUUCAAUUUUCAUAUGUCAGGCAGUGAUGGAAUGUACAUGAAUCCAAUGGCCCACAAUUUCGUCUCGUCACACAGUGCUCCUUCAGAAAUCGCAGAAGAAGCCGCCAGACGUCGUGAAAUUCGUCUGUCUAAGAAUCGAGAGGCGGCGAGAGAGUGCCGACGUAAGAAAAAGGAAUACGUGAAGUGUCUCGAGAAUAGAGUCCAGGUUCUGGAAGAACAAAAUCGAUCACUUAUUGAAGAACUCCAGAACUUGAAGGAUAUCCAUAGCAACACUAGAAGUCAAAUGAAUCAAGGAGUAAAAUCUGAACUUGCUUAA